AAUUAUGAUUGUUAUUACAAGUUUUGGUUAAGUUAAGAUGUCCAGCACGUUUUUGUGGAGCUUCAGCUGUUGCAUAAUUUUCUUGGUUAUAGCCUUUUACCGGUCUGCGUUAGAAUGGCACUGCUUUCUUAGUUUUUAGUUCAGACCUAAUGCUGAAUGUGGCGAUGUCGAACCUAUUAUCCAUUGAAUAGGAACACACAAAUACCUUGUUUCCCACCGCACUGAAGGUGUGUGGGUGUUAGGGAGAUGUGACAAGCGCCACAGUUGCAGUUUGCGCCUCCAACAACAUACGCGGAACAUGUGCUAUUUUCCACCAGGGUAGUGUUUUGGAAUAGCUUUCGUUUUUAAGCCUGACGGGAUGAAUCCUGGUAGCUGCAUUUAGUUUGCAAAACCCUAAAGGCUCUUUGUUUUCUCAUGUUCUGAGGGCUUUUUUUGUAAAAAAAAAUAAAUAACGUGACAGUAUCAGUAGACACUGCCGGUGCGAAUCUCCUUUUGUGGGUGAUUGUGAAACUGACCAGUAACCUAGAGUCUGAGCGGGCUCGCUGCGGUGUCAAUGGUAAAGUGACAUCCGAGAUAAUGGGAACUGCAGAUGCUGGAGAAUCCAAGAUAAUAAAAUGUGAGGCUGGAUGAACACAGGCCAAGCAGCAUCUCAGGAGCACAAAAGCAACUGCUUUAAUCCCUCAGAAUUCAAUGCAGAGUAUGUAAGAAUAAAGUAUCUUGCUUAAAGCCUCGAAGCUUGUCAAAUCAAGUCACAUCUGGAACGCAGUGCCUUACGCUUUCCUUCAAAUAAGAUAAAAGCAUCUCACAGCAGGGAAGGUGUGGAGCAGGAACUUUGCCUAUAAGCAGUUCCAGUACCGUACUGAUCAAGGAAAAACGUCAGUGUGCCUCUAAGUUUGGAGCCAAUAAUCUUCUAGGCCUUUAACACUGAUCUGUUCCAGCUUUGUAAGGCUCCAAAACUGGAUUGCUCAAUUAAGCUUCCACUAACGCCUGCAAGUGCAGCAUGGCAGAGGCUCAGUCUGACUGCCAGAGACAGUUUCAGGCAGCUGUCUCAGUUAUCCAGGCCUUGCCAAAAAAUGGUGCUUACCGUCCAUCCCAUGAGAAGAUGCUGAAGUUUUACAGUUACUACAAGCAGGCAACUGUCGGCCCAUGUAGUAUUAGCAGGCCUGGCUUCUGGGAUCCUAUUGGACGUGUAAAAUGGGAUGCAUGGAAAUCUCUGGGGAACUUGUCAAAAGAAGCAGCCAUGAUGACUUAUGUCGAAGAGAUAAAGAAAACAGCACAGGAGAUAAUUGAUACAAUGUCAGGAACAGAGAGUGAGGAGCAGCACUUCCGCCUGUUUCAGCCACUGUACGAAGUUGUUGAAGACAUGCCCAGACCUCCAUGUUUUUUGCUUAAGGAGGUGUCAGGUGAAGAUGCUACAACUCCCCUGACAUCAACUCCAUGUAUCGUGAUGAAUGGUAUGCUGAACAAGCACGAUAGCAGCUUGGUACUGGGGGAGCCGAGUGAUGAGAACAAAGAUCUUACAACAAACAAAAAAAUAGUUCGAUUUCAGGAGAAUGCUGUCAUCCAAUUUGAUGACAAUAGCAGAGAAGCACAUCAAGCCAAUGGCAUUUGUUCAGAAAAUGGUGAUCCUCAUCCAGAGCUUGGGAUCUCUCAAUUGGAUACAAUAGAGGAAACCAUGAGGACACUGCAACUUCAGGAAAAUCCCUCAAAGUUUCAUGACAUUACAGACAAUGCUAGCAACAAUUACACAGUGGAAGUUGCUGAUCCAAAUCACUUUACGAGCGAUUCAGAAAAUGAAGUGUUCUGUGAUUCUGUGGAAGAACUCGACCACGAGAGAAUUUUGGCAAUUCAGAGCAGCAGGACUGCUGCAGAGCAUUCCAGAGAUCCAUUGAAUUUACAGGAUGUUGAGUCUACAGAGUUGUUCUGCAAUGCUAAAGUUCCCGCUUGUAGGCCAGAUGGUUACCUUUACAGGUGUGACAAUUUACCUGCAAACCAUGAGACACAUGCAUGGGCAACAGACAGAGGAGGGCGGCUUGCGCUGGUUGGAGGGAACAAUAAGGAGAAAGAGAUAACGUUUACAAAUCCACCAUCUAGAUCUGAAUGGCUAACUGAGGGGAAAGGACUGCAGCAGGCUCAAGGUGGAAGUUCAUGGAGACUGAGAAACAGCCCUGCCAACAACACAGAGGACAAUGAAAGAAGGGUACACAGAGAAAAGACUGUGAUCACCAUCAACAAUAAUAUUGUGAGGGUUCUUCAUCGUCUAGAAGAGGACAUGCAGUCUGUGUUACAGAGACUUGGUAGGCUGGAGGGCCUGACAACGUCGCAGGUGCAAACAGCUGGCCUGCAACCACCUAGUUUGAAAAUAUCCAAGCAUAAGAGAAUUUCCAGGUGGCUGUUUGGCCCGUCGGGGCGUACGUUGCUGUUUCUAGUUGUGUGGCCUUUCAUUGCUCAGUGGAUAGUGCAUGUUUUUCUUCGCAGAAGAAGGAACUGAACAUCUGUGAAUUUAAUUGAUAUGUUUCUGCCAUGGAAUGACAUCCCUGCACAACUAAAGACUGCCACAAUUUGUAUAUAUUACUACCCCCAAGUGAACACAAUCAACAAACUUUGCUCAAAUA